AUGGAUAUCCAGGAGACCCAGCGUCUCCUUUCCGAGUAUCUCCAUGAGCUUGCCAACCUUUUCCAUCGCGUUCCAGGGUCAGCGAUUUUCUUGCGCUAUGUGAAGUCUAGUUAUCAGAACGACCCGAUUCGCUCCGCUGUCGAGUUGUUCUUAUUCCUGUUCGCCGUCCGCUAUUUGCUCGCCCCGAAAUAUUCCACCAAGCCUGGUGUGGUGCAACUCUCGGAGGAUGAAAUCGAUGAUCUUGUGGACGAAUGGACGCCAGAGCCUCUAGUCGGAAAGACGACUCCGUUAGAGGAAAUGGAAGUCGAGAAGAGGACAGUCAUUGUCGGCCCGGUCGGUCCUAAAUCAAAGCUAUCGAACGGUCGAACGGUAACCAAUCUUGGAUCUUAUAAUUUUUAUAAUUUCAAUACGAAUGAGGCGAUAAAAGAGAAGGCGAUCCAGACGCUCCGCAACUACGGUGUUGGACCUUGCGGCCCCCGUGGUUUCUAUGGUACUCAGGAUGUCCACAUGAAGACCGAGGCGGAUGUUGCGUCCUACCUUGGUACUGCGUCUUGCAUCAUCUACUCUCAAGCGUUUUCGACCAUAUCUAGUGUGAUCCCGGCAUUUUCGAAGCGCGGUGACAUUAUUGUUGCGGAUAAGGGCGUGAACUUUGCUAUUCGGAAAGGUAUUCAGAUUUCUCGGAGUAUCGUCCGGUGGUAUGAGCAUAAUGAUAUGGAGGAUCUGAGCCGGGUUUUGGCAAAGGUCACCAAGGAGCAAGCAAGAAAGCCCCUUACCCGCCGAUUCAUCAUUACUGAAGGUUUGUUUGAGUCGUAUGGUGACAUGGUUGACUUACCUAAAAUUAUCGAACUCAAGCUGAAGUACAAAUUCCGACUAAUCCUCGACGAGUCAAGCUCAUUCGGCGUUCUCGGGAGGUCAGGACGCGGUAUCACUGAACAUCAGAAUGUGGACGCAGCCGAGGUCGACAUGAUUGUGGGUUCGCUGGCCGGCCCAUUAGUAGCAGGAGGAGGAUUCUGUGCAGGCUCAGAGGAGAUUGUUCACCAUCAGCGUAUCUCGGCCGCUGCCUACACGUUUUCGGCGGCACUUCCUGCGCUUUUAUCUACGACUGCCAGUGCCACGAUCAAUGUUCUGCAGAACAGCCCUGAAACAGUUUCGCAAUUGAGGGACCUUACAAAAGUUAUGUGGUCCCAGCUUGACCCUCGCAGCGAUUGGGUAUACUGCACAAGUGCACCUGAGAACCCGAUCAUGAUCCUGGUUCUCAAGCCUGAAGUGAUUGCUGCAAAGAGGCUUUCCCAUGAAGACCAGCAAUUUGUGCUGCAGGAUGUGGUAGACGAGUGCCUCGCGAACGGUGUCUUGAUCACGCGCCUCAAGUGCCUCGAUGACAACUUCGAGCCAAAGCAAAAGGUUCCUGCCGCCCUGAAGGUGUGCGUUACGAUCGGCUUGACCAAAAAGGAGAUCGAGAAAUCAGGGACUAUCAUCCGUCAUGCGAUCACAAAAGUCCUCAGCAGAAGGAAGUAA